AUGGCCUGCGGCACAGCCACCUCCGCCAAGAGGCAAUGGUUCCUCACCCGCGUCGUCAUCGUCGUUCUGUGCGAAGGUCCCCGCCGCGAUCCGCUCUGUCUCCUAGCUGUCACCAUCUUCGUCGAGACCAAUCCGCAGAACCCGGCUAAUGCCAAGCAAUUACGUGUACCCAUCUACUACAAGGACUGGCACGAGAUUGACAAGUUCUUCAAGAUAAUACCGCCGGCGAUGCAGAACGCAAGGUUUCGACUCGCGAACCGCGCACAAAAACGUGGCGCAGCUCAGGUGGUGGAUCUAGGCUGA